AUGUACUCGCAUCUCGAGGCUGACGGCAAUGUGCUCACUAAAGCCCACUGCAAGGCACAGAGUCUGCCCGUCGUCGAUCGUCUUCUUGAGCCUCUAGCCGCCGUAAAAUUCGUUGAAUUUGCUCUUGGCGGGCCCCUCCCCAAUGGCAAUGAACCCAAUGUUGAACGCAUGACUGGGGAUGAACUCCCCUAUAUUCAGGAAUACCAAGACUUCCCCGGGAGCCCCGAUGGCGGGCCCAUCAUUGCCCGCGUCAUGACAUGCAUUGGCUCUGACGAAGACUUCACCCGCCUCUGCAUGGUCGGGAGGAAUAUCCAAUCCCUGAAGAGCCGUUUAUGGAAUGGCAUCAUUCCCCUAAGCGAGCAAUCAUGGCAGGAGAAAGGACUCGAUGAGCCCAAAAAUUUCGACCUCGCCUGUCAACAUCUAUCUGCCGUCAUUGCCGUUUUCCAAUACUUGAAUAAACGAAUCGUCCGGUCAAAUCUUCGCCAGACCUUCAAUCGCAUCUAUGAUAUUUGGGCGAUGUUAGACGUCGUUCUCAAUGAGCGCAGAGCGCAGAAUGAUCAAGCGCGCAUUAGCGUCGCAGGCCUCUGGACUAUGUAUAUGAAAGCGCAUUUCGAGGUGAUGACUGAGCGCGCACACAGAUGGGUUAUCGUGCAUGUCAAUGGACUGCGUGCCCCAUUGAUGCAGAAACUGGCGGAGCAUCGGCCACUAGGGGGAGGAGCGGCAGGCAGCCCGCCCGAUGAGUUACAGUGGAAGAUCACCGAUGCGCUGCAAGUGCUGCUCGAAAUUGCUUCUGAUGCUGAUUAUACCAUCAUGAUACCCAUGAAUGAUUACAAGGGGUAUACGCUUCCGCAACGAAGUGAUUCGACCGCACUACGCGCCGCGGAUAUUGGUUCCCGCGCCAAAGCUUACCAUGAACGUUUGCGAGUUCUCACUCGAGUCGAGAUAGUCCGUAGUGCCACUUCGGAUCCUAGUAUUCGUUCAUCUGGAGAGUCGUAUUGCCAAACGGCUCGGUGCCAGAACGAGGCCCAGAAUCAAACGAGGAGAGAGAUGCGUGGUGCGCCGAUUGAGCCUAUUCCGCGCGAGCCUUGGAUUGCUGAGUGUGCGUCGAAUAUGAAAUCCGCAGCGGAUGCAGAGACGGAGCAAAAUUUUGGAAUGUGUGUGUAUCGGUUGACCUAUGGACAAACGGAGUCCGAAUGGGCUGCCUUUGUUCAAAAGGUAGAAGCCCAUGUCUCAGACUGGGGCAAGGGCCAAACGGGAAGCAGUACUAUCAAGACACAACUGAAGCUUCAUUGGCUGGAUGGGCAGGAGCUGGGUAUUCCAGAGGGAAAUAUCGAAGCAGCUAAAGCACACUUCAAACCGUCGAUAAGAGAGAGUGGAUCCUGGUCAAAGCUACAAACCAUGUCUUUCCUUGUCGUUGACUCCGCCUCUUUUGCCUCAUAUACCACUAACGCCUACGGCCCCGCGACAUCCGAACUGAGCCCCGGCGACUUCGCCGGCUUCCUCCUUGCCGUCGACCCCGACUAUGACGAGGAAGAAGGCAUUGAGCGGCCCGACGAGUCCCCAGGUUUCAGCGGACAAAUGCGUAUCCUUGGAAGUCUAGUCUGGGGCGAUCUCUAUUCCCGACUAACAUCCCAAUCCGCAUACAUCGAAGACCUUUGGCCAUUGGCAAUCGAACACCCGAACUUAGUAUACGUCGGCCCAACAAUCCCACUGCAGCGGAUCGCCUGGAAAGUACAUAGCGGAAUGCGCUGGGCCCUGCUUCGCGCUGUAGUGGAUCACAUCAAGCUAAAGCGGGGACUGCCAGUAACAACACCACCGCCCCAACCUUGGCCUACAGCAACGACUCCUCCUGCGGCUUCAACCGCAGGUAUUCCAUCAGCCUCGCUACCUUUGAGACAGCCCAAUACAUCCAGAACCAUUCCAAACCCUUCCCCUAUCGAUCCCUCAUUCCCUCCAUCUGGAGAACAGGCUCCGCUCGACGCUUCCCUUCGCACAUACAUGCUCAGCGAGUUCCAACGCUACUUGCGUACACGAGGCGAAACGGUUCCUGCCGCCAUGGCCGAGGAAUUGCUCCACAUUCAACCAAACGAGCGGCCUGACCCAGCGCGGAUCCAGCAGUGGGUGGCUGCCGAAGAGGAGCGGCGGGAUCAGCGCAGGCGAGAUGGACAGGGUGACGAGGCUUCGGGGGAAUAUCAGCCGCAAUGUCCGUUCCAGUGA